AUGAAGACCACCCUCCUCAUCGCCCUCCAGGCCGCCUUCGCCGCGGUCCUGGCCGCGCCCGCCGCCAACCGCCAGCGCCGCGACACCAAGGAGUUCGACAUCGUCACCACUCCGGAAGUCGACGUCGCAGCGCUCCUCGCCGAGAUCGAGCUCAACGCCGACAUGGACGACGUCUUCGCGACGUUCAACAACACGCAGUUCAAGGGCUUCUCGGGCGCGCUGACGCAGCAGGAGGCCGACUUCCUCAACGCCAAGGACGAGGUGCUCACCGUCGAGCCCGUCGUGCCCAUCCACGCCCUCGCCACCCGCGGCAGCGCUCCCUGGGGCCUGCAGCGUGUCUCGCAGAGCAGCCGCGUGUCGGGCAGUGCCAGCUCCAGGAGCUUCACGUACACGUACGACGACACGGCGCUCGGCAGGGGCGUCGAUGUGUACGUCGUUGAUACGGGCAUUUACACGGCGCAUUCGGAGUUUGGCGGCAGGGCGAGGACUGGGUGGAGCUACUACUCGUCGACGUCGGAUGGGAAUGGGCACGGAACUCACUGCGCCGGAACUAUCGCCGGAUCGACCGUCGGCGUUGCCUCGAACGCCAACCUGAUCGCCGUCAAGGUGCUCGACAGCAGUGGACAGGGUACUUCGACUGGUCUCCUCGCCGGUCUCGACUAUGUCGCCUCCACCCACAACACCCGCAAGAGCCAGAGUGGCUUCAUCGCUUCCGUCGCCUCCAUGUCUCUCGGCUUUGAGGGCCGCGCCACCGCUGUUGAGACGGCCGUCCGCAACCUCGCUGCUGCUGGUGUCCACACUGUCGUCGCCGCCGGCAACUCCAACACCAACGCCUGCACGCAAUCCCCCUCGGCCGUCGGCGGCACCGGCUCCUCGACCGUCCUCAGCAUCGGCGCGUCCACCAUCGGCGACGCCGUCGCCUCCUUCUCCAACACCGGCCCCUGCGUCGACGUCUUCGCCCCCGGCCAGGACGUCAUCUCUGCCUCCAACUCCGGCGCCAGCACCUACCGCAGCCUCAGCGGCACCUCGAUGGCCACGCCGCACGUCGCCGGCCUCGUCGCGUACUUUGCCGUCGGCAACGCGAACCUCCGCCAGAGCCCCGCGGCGAUGAAGAGCUUUGUGAAGAGUGGCGCGAUUAGCGGUGUGCUCACGAGGAACUCGGGUUAUGUUUCGGGUGGCGAUUUGGUGCUUGUUAACAACGGCGCGUAA